GGUAGGUGCUGCGUUCUCCUGUAAGCGGCAGCAGAGGGGGAAGCCUCUCACGAACAAAUGGCGUCCCUCCAGUGCAGAGCAGCUGAUUUCCUACUGAGCACGGCAGCACUAACGGUGGAGAGGUAAACACACCGCCCCCGGAUUUCUAUGCAACAAGAUAGCCUCUUUGCUUUUCACAAGGAUUCGUGUAGCAGUGGCGGCUGUGUUUCACCAGGGCCUGAAUUCAGUUCGCUGUAGGCGACAGUAGCAGGUCAAAUGUUUCCACCCCGACGUUGGAGGGACACAUAACGAACAUGGGCAUCACCCCUUCAGAUUUAUCCUCCUUCUCCUCCACCACCACCACCACCACCACCUCCUCCUCCUCCUCCUCCUCCUCCGCCUGACUGGUUGGCCGCCUCUUCGUUAAUCCAAUUCAGGAGAUCAUCUUUUCAACCUUUUGCUGAGGUUACACCAUCAAGACGGCGUUAUCUCAGAAAGCCAGCUCUGUGGCGGUGAAGAUGACCACGGCGCGGUACCGUCCCACCUGGGAGCUGGCCGUGGACCCCCUGGUCUCGUGUAAGCUGUGCCUUGGAGAGUUCCCUCUGGAGCAGAUGACCACCAUCACACAGUGCCAAUGUGUCUUCUGUACACUGUGCCUGAAGCAGUAUAUUGAACUCCUGAUCAAAGAAGGCCUUGAAACUGCAAUUAGCUGUCCAGACUCUGCCUGUCCCAAAAGAGGACACUUGCUGGAAAAUGAGAUUGAGUGCAUGGUGGCCACGGAGAUGAUGCAGAGAUACAAGAAGCUUCAGUUUGAAAGGGAGGUGCUGCUGGACCCAUGCCGGACGUGGUGCCCUUCCUCGACCUGCCAGGCCGUGUGCCAACUAAAGGAAGCAGAUUCUCCUGCGCUGCCCGAGCUGGUCCAGUGCGCCGUCUGCGCCCUCGAGUUCUGCUCGGCCUGCAAGACCAACUGGCACCCCGGACAGGCCUGCCAGGAGAACAACCUGCCCAUUACCUCCUUCCUACCAGGAGAAAACAGCUCCUUCUAUAAGAACGAAGAGGACGACGCACCAAUCAAGCGAUGUCCUAAAUGUAAAGUUUACAUCGAGAGGGACGAGGGCUGUGCACAGAUGAUGUGCAAGAACUGCAAACAUGCCUUCUGCUGGUACUGUCUGGAGUCCCUGGACGACGACUUUCUCCUGAUCCACUAUGACAAAGGGCCCUGUCGAAACAAACUGGGCCACUCCAGGGCGUCUGUUAUCUGGCACAGAACACAGGUUGUGGGGAUCUUCGCUGGCUUCGGCCUGCUCCUGCUGGUUGCCUCCCCCUUCCUCCUUCUGGCCACUCCCAUCGUCCUCUGCUGCAAGUGCAAGUGCAGCAAAGGCGAUGACGACCCAUUGCCAACUUAAAACACGACAUCAGAGCCUGAUGCUUCAUGGAUGGGCCAUGUUUUAUUUCCUUUUCAUCCCUUUACAUUCUUCUCCUCCCACCAGCGUUGAGUGCUUAAUUUGUUUCUGGCUGAGCCUGCACCGGGCCCCCGGCCGCUUCGGGAUCCAUCGCUCUGCAUGAGAGAGGCGUGGUGGAAAAGCGACCCUGCACCUUGGCCUGAAGAGAGGUGCGGGGUCAAAGGUCAGAGGAGGUCAGACUUGUCUAAGGACCGCUGUGUCCAUGUGUUAAGACGUUGGCGGUUUGGGGACGUGGAGGAAGUCUGGGCUGCUUCAAAGUGGUCCUUAGUUGUGGGUUACUGUGGUGUGGUAUUCUGACGGGCUUUCUACAAACAAAGAGGAAAGCUAAGUUAAGAAAUGCUUUUCUGUUGGAUGGACAAUAUAAUGCAGGAGCCACCUUUUUAGAAAGAACUUUUACUUUAUCGCUCUGUUUUGUCGGUUUGUCGUACGCAACAAAAGCUUCACCUCCCCCCCCCCCCCCCACCACACUCGAUGUAGCUCUACAGAUUCAGUCAGUAGCAUUAGAGUUACGCCACGCAUGUUUGGUGUUCACUCGAUUUGCACACGGAACAUGAUUCCUACGUCAUGUUCACGACUGAGGUGGAGAUGGGAGGCUGUUGUCACUCUCAACUCGAUGUACAGCACGUCCUCUUGAUGAUGUCAAUGUUUUAUAACCUGUUGCUUUUAAUAGAACUGUGCUCAGAGUAGUGUCUACGUGUUGUACUUUUUGAGUGUUUUCCAAACGGUAAGGUACACUUAUUAAAGGGGAAUGCCACUCAAAUCUAAAAACACACUUAUUUCUGUUUUCAAUAAAGAGUUUCGUUCAACUUCCUGUUUAAGUUUUUUCAUACCAUCUCUCCGAUUUUAUCCCCUUUGACACACAUUAUACUUCUUUGAGAGAAAGCGUGUCACAGAUUUGUGUGUUCUUGGAUCCAGGACAUUUCCCAAAUUGAGUGGUGCUCCCCUUUAAGUUCAACAUCAAUUUAAAGUCUAUUGGAGGACUUUGUAUCCUCAAGUUGUGGAACCAUUUUAAUACUACACUAAAAGAGAUGUCACUCCUGUAAUUCUCAGUCCCCAGGUGGUGGUUUAGCCAAAUAGAAAUGAAUAGCCUUAAAUUGAGAACAGCCAAAAUCAGGCAUUUCCCCCUGUGCAUUAAAACGAGUUAAAGUCCAAAUAAUCGCAGGGAAAGCAUGUUUAAAAAGCAUUACAGACAGUCAGUGAAGCCCUUUAUAUUCAGAUGAUUCUAUGAUGUCAUCCAUAUGCCACACUGUUAAUAGCCAUACUGUAAAAAGAAGAAAAAAAACCAAGAGGAAGAAAAAAUGAAACUGUCCUAAAGAUGUUUUGUGUGACCUAGGAUCUGUAUUUCCUUAAGUGUUUUUGAGCAGGAGAGCUGCAUCGUCACAGACGUCUCAGAUCUCCCUCUCUUUGAGACUUAACAAAUAUCUGUCCAAAAUUGCAAACUUGCAUAUGUUAGUGGUCCGAGUGUCAAUGUUUUUGUUUUCGUCGGUGGUUAAAACCUCUCAACAACAAGCAGCUGUUUCCCCGCGAGGGGCAUCAAAAAAAAAAAGCCUAUCGAGUAAAUAAAAAAAGAAUGUUCUGUUUUCGGGCACGUAAUUAUGAAGCUGCUCUAUACUAUAUCACUUUAUCUAUGCAAGUUUGUACAUUACCAUUCUUAAAAGGCUAUCAAUUUAUCAUGAACGACUUUAUGUCAUGAGAAGGUUUAUAUAGUUAAAGCUGCAGAAUGUCACAAUUAUAUUUGCAUAUCAUGGCUUUUAUUUAAUCGGGGAGUUAUUUUCAUCUCCUAUGUCGAUGUUAUCUAUCCGUCUUUCAGCUAUGUUUAAAGUUUGUGAGCUUGAAAACCAGAGUUUGGCCAUUUUUCAUGUGUUAUUUCGGUAUGUUUGGCGUGUCCUGUCUAACAUUGUUUUUGUUACCACGCGUUAGCCGUUCUAAUGUUCCGAACAAGCCAUUUACUACCGCUUACUUCUGGUGUAUUCUACCAGUGUUUAUGUAGCAUUUCAUAAGAAGCGCGGCUACUGUUACCAAAAGAAAAAAGAUGAAUAGUUAACAACAGUAGCUAAUCUGCAACUCAUUCCAGUCCUCCAUAAAUUUAGCUACAACAUUCAGUAUGAGAAUCCUUUUUAUUAUUAGUAGCCUUCAAAUGUAAGUACCUUACCUGUAGCCUGUGUUGCUUUCACUGACCUCACCUACUGUAUGAGCAUGACAAUUUGAUAUCCAAGCCAGUUCAAUUUUCUACUUUUGAAGUUUGGUGCUUUCCCCCCAAAAAAUUGUUAUAAAUUCCUCCAGCUUUUUGUUGUUUUAAUGACAAUCGUGCCAAGCAGACUUCCUGGAAGGGAUAAGGAAACAGAGCUGUCUACUGUAUGUGCAUUUUGACCAUGUAUUUGUAAUGUAUUAACAGUUUUUACAGGGUGGAAAAAAAAAUAUUUUAAUGCUUCUUUAUGUAAACGCUGCACUGUAUAUGGGUUUCAUUGUUUUACUUGUGUGGGUGUGUGGGUGUGUGGGGUGUAUGGUGCCUGCUGUGUUUAACAGAAGAGUAUAAGCAGCUAAAAUCAAUAUCUCGAUGCAUAUGAGAGAUUGCAACCGUACUUUUUUUAUUAAUUUUUUUCAGGGCUCUGAUAGCGCCGGGAUGAGGAUUCAUUUCAAUUAGUGCAAAAACAUUUAUUUAAACACAACUAUGACCAUCAUCAAAGUCUUCAGCAGGCACAAACUAAACUAAAGUCGAACAAAAUCAUGGCCACUUCCAUUUUUUCACACAACGUUCUCCUUUCACCUACGUUUGCUGGCACCACUCAACAGGUAGAUAAUGUAUUAUGCAACAAACAUAAAAGGGCCAAACAGCAAACAUUACAAUCACUGCAGUGUCGCAUUGCAUAUUGUUUUCUACACUAGAGGCUUGUCAGGGCUCAAUAUAAAGGCCUAUAUAACCACAUGAGUCGAUGAAACAUCAGCACAGGUGAAAUAGGAUAGUUUGAGUUAAGGGCUCGUUCCUAACAUUUGGCCCUCGAACGAGGAGCAGGUUUAUUUUACGAGAGCUCAAAACCCACUUUGCAACUAUCCUAAGAUCACGUUUUUCGGUUUUUACGAGCAGCAAUUCAGAUUUUUAUAACCGGUUGUGUCACGAGAUGAAGCUGCAUGAUUUUUCUCUGACUUCUUCAUGUUAAAUAUUACAAUAUUGUAGCCUCUAAAAAUCUUUUGGAACGGUAGCGUUGUCACUCUAUCACUCAGCUGUCUGUUUUCUUUUUUCAUGUUCAGCCAUAUGAUAUACAGUGUCGGUCGGCAGGUUGGCUUCAUGCGUCUGUUACCUUUUCUGUUGUUUUUACUUAUUUUUUUAUACGCCUGUUUUACAUCAUACUUUGUUGUAUUUGCAUUGUUUGUUUUAAGAGCGGAUUUUUUUCAGGCCUGAUUGGUCAAUUCAACUUCAGUCAGUAAGUGGAUUAUUGUCAGAGGAAAUGCUGUCUGUACGUCAGACUUCUGUAUUUAGAGAUGGUAAAGUAUGUCUCUAAUUUAGUCAGUAAUCGAAAGUUAAUUGACCUGGGGGGGGGAGGAUACAAAGAUAUCAACAUUGUAAAGUGGCAUAUUUGGAUCAGUUCUGUACAACUUAGACUCGGCAUCUCAGUAUAUCUACAGUUCCACUAACACUGUGACACCAGGUAUUAAAGGUUGUUGUUUUUUGUGA